GCUGAGCUCGCACGUAUAUUACAGUGGUAAAGACACACGGACAGAAACAAGGGGUUUCAUCUAUCCUACCUUUUUCUGACGACUGUCUUGAACUCCGAUACAGAUAUGAUGCCUUUAUUCUUUGUCUUGUGUUUGUGUUGGUGUCACAUCAGUGGAGCACAGAACGUUUACAGAGCAGUUUCAAUACCAGACCAGGCUUAUUUUGCUGAGACGUUUGAUGAAGGUGCGCUGGACAGAAAAUGGGUUUUGUCCAAAGCAGUGAAAGAUGAGCGGGCGAAACAUCUCAGUUAUAAUGGGGAAUGGGAUGUAGAAGAGUCCAUUCAACCAAGGCUGUUGGGAAACAAAGGCCUAGUCCUCAAGUCGCCUGGCAGACAUCAUGCCAUAUCUGCAUACCUGCGGAAUAUCUAUCACUUUAAAGACAAACCUCUUAUCUUACAGUAUGAAGUUUCCUUCCAAAAGGGAAUUGACUGUGGUGGAGCCUACAUCAAGUUGCUUUCUCAGUCAGAUGACCUGCGUUUGAGCCAGUUCAGUGAUGCCACCCCAUACACAAUCAUGUUUGGUCCAGACAAAUGCAGCAGCACGCACAAAAUACAUUUCAUCUUUAGUCAUCAUAAUCCCAUCACAAGGACAUAUGAAGAAAAACAUGCUCGCCAACCAGAAAUGGACAUUAGCGACUAUUUUACUGACCAGCAGCCGCAUCUCUACACUUUAAACCUAUAUCCUGACAACACAUUUGAGAUCCUUGUUGACCUGACGCUGGUUAAUAAGGGCAGUCUUUUGGAAGAUAUGGACAAACCAGUGACAUCUUCUGACGAAAAACACAAACAAGAAUAUUCAACAAAUGAAGCCUCUGAUCUGAACUUGGAACAACAUAUCAGGUCAGAUGGUGUAGAUGGACUAAGAAAUGAUUGCACUGAAGCUUCAGUUUGUGAGGGCUCUUCUCGUCCAGCAAAUUCAGGCUCUAACAAUCCGAAGAACCAACCCAGCACAAACAAUAUUGAUAAGGACAACAAGGGAAAGCAGCAGUUCACAAUGAGCCCCAUUGCUGCUGUGGGUUUUGAGCUUUGGUCCCUGACGGGAGAUGUGAUGUUUGAUAAUAUCUUGCUUUGUGAUGAUCUGGAAGUAGCCAAACGGUGGACAGAAGACACAUGGGGCCAGAGACAGACACCUGGAAUCAUUGAAAAGCUGUUGAUGGCGACUGUCAAGCGGCCUUGGCUCUGGGGGGUCUAUGUCUUCACUGUGGGCCUUCCCAUCAUCCUCUUUGUUAGCUUAAUGUGGCCUGAUAAGCGGUUUGGACCACCAGAUCAAGACUAUUACUAUAAAAAAACAGAUGAGCCCCAGACAGAUGGACCUCAGGAUGUGGAGGAGCAUGUCACUCAUAAUCACAGUGAAAAUCAAAGAGUCAAAACUAAAAGCAGAGCGGUCAAGAGGGCUCCAAGAAACGCUGAUGUAACAAGUUAACAGUACAGUCAAAUCAAGGGUUACCAUGGGCCAACUUUAGCCCGCGGGUCUCUGGUCUAACUCCUCAGAAAGAAUCAGGUGUGAUGAUGGAACAAUUUUCAUAAAUUUGCUUGGAAAGAGCAUGGAUUGUGAAAGUGCUACACAAAUAAAACCAAUACUCAUCUAAAAUGUAGGAAGUAACUUAAUCCACAAAAACAUAUGGGCAUUGUUGUUUAUUUAAGCUGUACACAUCAUUACAAAAUGUACAUUCCGGGUGUCAUUUGUAUAUACCAACAUGUUGGGAGAAAAAUGUAUGGUGAGUUCAAUUAUUGACAUUAUAUUCACACAUCUUGUUCAUACUCUCAGCUUAUUCCAUUCAAUACUUGCGCGUAUCUGUAUAUAAUUAUCCAUCAUGUUAGUUUACUCUGUUACCAUUGUAUGUAAUGUGAUUACUGCAUGUAUUGUUUGUCUUUUGUUGCAACUCUGCUCAUUUUAGAGAAAAAAAGGUGUGCUGAAGAAUCAAGAAAAUAUCAGCGCAAAAUUAGAAUAAUGAUCUUAAAAUCUGCUUUAUUUUCUUGAUGCUUAAUAUACUUUAAUCUUUAUUUGAUUUUGGGAUAAGCAUGUUAUUAACAGGUUAUGAGGUUCACCCACAACAAACGCUACUCAACACAAUCAAUCAAUCACAAGCCAUCGAAGUGAUUGACUUUAGUAAAGUCUGUAGAAUAUAAACUUGGUAUAAGAACAAGGGACCAUGGCGUUCCCUUUAGUAUAACUAUAAUAAGAAAGAUUAACAUAUAAACAGUGUAUAUCCAAUCCUAACUAAAAGAAACAUCAGUGGUCAUUAUUUUUAGAAAUCAGGAAUCAGCUACAAUGUCAAGAAGUGAUACUUUAGUAAAAGCGCUGCCUUAACAGCACCAAAUUGACUUGAUAUAAUAAAAA